GUCGGCCAACACAGCAGAGAGAAGUUACGGAGGAGCCAUUGCUGCAACUCUCUCUCUCUCUACCUUUAAAGCACAGAGCUAUUAAUCAGCUGUACAUUCCUAUGAUAGUUGGCACUCGCCGGCUGUCUUUCUUUCUUUCCGUAUAGAAAAAUAAACAGCUCUUUAUUACACAUUACAAAUUAACCUGCAUUUCACUCAGCAAGUAAAUCUUUUUCUACUUUCUUCCUCUUACCCUAAUUUUUUCCCCUUCUCCUCUGCUCAACAAGAUUACAACAUAUAAUAAUAAUAUAUAUCCAUAGACUCUCCACAAUGCUUCCUACAACAUUAUUUUCUCUGGUCGUGCUGUUGGUAUUUGCAACCGGCGUGACUUUUGCAAGCGAUGUCAUAGACCUGAAAGACUCCAACUUCAAGAACAAAGUCGCUGACCAUGAUAUCAUUUUAGUGGAAUUCUUCGCGCCAUGGUGUGGACAUUGCAAAAGGUUGGCUCCUGAAUAUGAUAAAGCAGCAUCAGCAUUAAAACAUAACGAUCCACCAGUGCCAUUAGCUAAAGUUGAUUGUACUGCUGAGACAAACACCUGCCAGGAGUAUGGGGUAUCAGGGUACCCUACUUUAAAAAUUUUCCGGAAAGGAGAAUUUUCUGAAGAGUAUAAUGGACCUCGAGAAGCAGAUGGUAUUGUAAAGUAUAUGAAGUCCAAAGCAGGUCCUUCUUCUAAGACCUUACUCACUACCGAAGAUGCCAAAAAAUUUACAUCUUCUCAAGAUUUUGCAGUAAUUGGUUUCUUUUCUAGUGAAAAUGAGAUGUCAAAAACUUUCCAGAAAGUGGCUGAUUCUUUAAGUUCUGAAUUCAAAUUUGGACAUACAUUUGAAAGUUCAAUAUUAGAUGAAUAUGGUUAUAAAGAUGCUAUUGUCAUGUUCCAACCACCCAGGCUACACAGCAAAUUUGAAGAAAGCAAAAUAAAAUAUUCAAGUGAUAUCUCAGCCUCUUCAAUAAAAGAGUGGGUAAAAGAAACAAGCAUUGGUUUGUGUGGUCACAGAGUCCAAGACAAUGCCAAUGAUUUUAAAAAGCCUUUGGUUGUUGCAUUUUACGACGUUGACUACGUAAAAAAUUCUAAAGGUACUAACUAUUGGAGAAACAGGGUUAUGAAAGUGGCCAAGAAGUUUAAAGAAGCAGGAAAAGAUGUAACUUUUGCUAUUAGUGACCGGAAUGAGUUCUCCUAUGAAAUUAGUGAGUUUGGUGCAAGUGAACUCCCAUCAGCCAAACCCAUUGUUACUGUCCGAGAUUCUAAAGACAGGAAAUUUGUUAUGAAAGAAGAAUUCAGCCCGGAUAACUUAGAAAGUUUUGUAAAUGAUUUCUUUGAUGAUAAAUUGCAGCCGUAUCUAAAAUCUGAGAUUGUACCAUCUGAUAAUAGUGCACCAGUUAAGGUUGUUGUAGCUAAAAAUUUUGAUGAAAUUGUUAAUGAUAAAAGUAAAGAUGUACUCAUCGAAUUUUAUGCCCCAUGGUGUGGUCACUGCAAAAGUCUCGAACCUAAAUAUACGGAACUGGCAGAGCUUUUGAAAGAUGAAUCUGAAAUAACCAUUGCAAAAAUGGAUGCCACUGCUAAUGAUGUUCCGAAACCAUAUGAAGUUUCUGGAUUUCCAACUAUUUACUUUGCUCCAAAAGACUCAAAGGAUGCUCCUCGAAAAUACAAUGGUGGUCGUGAAGUUGAUGAUUUCGUUAAAUAUUUAGCUAAAGAAGCCACCAAUGAAUUGAAAGGAUACACCCAAUCUGGUGGAAAGAAGAAGACAAAAAAAGCAAAGAAAGAAUUGUAGAUUUUCCUUUCCAUUUAAAUAUAUUUUAUUUUUCUUAUUUAUAUCACUUAUCUUCAAUUUCUUCCUUUAUUCAUUUAAGAAAAACUUUCAAAGACUUAAAAUUCAUCUUAGGGUCCUCUGUUUUCAUCUGUUCUUUUUUGUUUUUGAUUCGGUCCUUCUGUAAUGCCACUCAGUGGUAUGAGGAUGUAAAUUUUCAUUAAAAUGCUCCUCUAAAAUUUAUGGAUGAAAGGAAAAUGUCUGAACAACUCAUACAAUGUUAUUGUACACUUAAUUUUUGCUAAUAAAUUUUUUUUUAAAAAAAGGAA